GAGGGCCCCACCUUCCCCAGAUGCAUAUAAAUGUUGCCGGGUAUGAGGCAGCCGCAGCACUCUCAGCCUCCCUGAGCACCUUUCUCUUCUCUCUGCCAGCUCGCUCGCUCGCUCGCCUCCCUCCUUGGCACCAUGACCACCUGCAGCCGCCAGUUCACCUCCUCCGGCUCCAUGAAGGGCUCCUGUGGCAUCGGUGGUGGCUCCAGCCGCAUCUCCUCCGUCCUGACCGGAGGGUCCUGCCGGGCCCCCAGCGCCUACGGGGGCCUGUCUGUCUCCUCCUCCCGCUUCUCCUCCGGGGGAGCCUGCGGGCUGGGGGGCAGCUAUGGUGGUGGCUUCAGCAGCAGCAGCAGCUUUGGGGGGACCCUCGGUAGCGGCUUCGGUGGAGGAUAUGGUGGUGGCCUUGGUGCUGGCUUUGGUGGUGGCUUUGGUGCUGGUUUUGGUGGUGGCGAUGGUGGCCUCCUCUCCGGCAAUGAGAAGAUCACCAUGCAGAACCUCAACGACCGCCUGGCCUCCUACCUGGACAAGGUGCGCGCCCUGGAGGAGGCCAACACUGACCUGGAGGUGAAAAUCCGUGACUGGUACCAGCGGCAGCAGCCCAGUGAGGCCAAAGACUACAGCCCCUACUUCAGGACCAUUGAGGACCUGAGGAACAAGAUCAUUGCAGCCACUGUCGAGAAUGCACAGCCCAUUCUGCAGAUCGACAACGCCAGGCUGGCGGCCGAUGACUUCAGGACCAAGUACGAGCACGAGCUGGCCCUGCGCCAGAGCGUGGAGGCCGACAUCAACGGCCUGCGCCGCGUGCUGGACGAGCUGACCCUGGCCAGGACCGACCUGGAGAUGCAGAUUGAGAGCCUGAAGGAGGAGCUGGCCUACCUGAGGAAGAACCACGAGGAGGAGAUGCUUGCCCUGCGGGGUCAGACCGGUGGGGACGUCAACGUGGAGAUGGACGCAGCACCCGGUGUGGACCUGAGCCGCAUCCUGAACGAGAUGCGUGACCAGUACGAGCAGAUGGCAGAGAAGAACCGCAGAGACGCUGAGGCCUGGUUCCUGAGCAAGACCGAGGAGCUGAACAAAGAAGUGGCCUCUAACAGUGAACUGAUACAAAGCGGCCGCAGCGAAGUGACUGAGCUCCGGAGGGUGUUCCAGAGCCUGGAGAUCGAGCUGCAGUCCCAGCUCAGCAUGAAAGCAUCCCUGGAGAACAGCCUGGAGGAGACCAAAGGCCGCUACUGCUUGCAGCUGUCCCAGAUCCAGGGGCUGAUCGACAGCGUGGAGGAGCAGCUGGCACAGCUGCGCUGCGAGAUGGAGCAGCAGAGCCAGGAGUACAAGAUCCUGCUGGACGUGAAGACGCGGCUGGAGCAGGAGAUCGCCACCUACCGCCGCCUGCUGGAGGGCGAGGACGCCCACCUCCCGUCCCAGCACACGUCCGGCCAGUCGUAUUCUUCCCGGGAAGUCUACACCUCCUCCUCAUCCUCUUCCGGCCACCAGACCCGGCCCAUCCUCAAGGAGCAGGGCUCGUCCAGCUUCAGCCAGGGCCAGAGCUCCAAGCACUGAGCUGCCUCUGCCAGAGCCUCCUGUCCUCCCGCCGGCCUCACCUCCUGAAGGCCCGAGUCAGGACCCUGCUCUCCCGGCGCGGUUCCCAGCUGUCUCCCCUCCCCUCUGCUGGUGGUGGGCUAAUAAAGCUGACUUUCUGGUUGAUGCAAA